ACAAACACCCAGAGAAAUAGUUGUGCUGUGGAACAAAUAAUAUAUAAGUUACUACGCCAUGGCAGACAACCAUGCUGAGAAGACCAAAAAGCGCAAGAAGAAUAAGAAGGGAAAGAAGGGGCCUGCAUUUGGUGAAGUGGGAAAGGGCAAUGGUGGUGGCCAGCAGCAACCGUCACCCCAAAGCAGUGUGAAUAUUAUUGCACUUACACUUAGUGUGAUGGAGAAGAAUCUGGUGAUGCAACUGCUGGCUGAAUUUCUGGCCAGCAAUAAGCUAGAGCUGAAGCUGGAGGGCAUGAACAAUGAGCAGCGCAGCCUAAUUCAUAGCUAUGCCCAGUCGAUGGGCUUGAAGUCCGUCAGCCGUGGGCCCACACACAAUCGGGUGCUGAGCGUCACUCGGUCGCCGGGCUCCAGUCUGCACCACUGCCUCGAUGCCCCCGUGCUGCUGGUAAACUCGAAAGUGACCCGAACCCUGGCCUCGUCGGUCGCCAAAAUUGAACGCGUGCUGGCCGCGGCGGCACACAAAGGCAACGGCUCUCGGGCAGACCUGAACAGGCAGCGGAACGGCUUCGGCUUGGUGGGUGUGCGACAAGUACCCCCACAUCCGGAUAACCAAAACAAUCCGCUGUAUUGGGAGCGCACCGGUCUACCCAUUUUUCGCUAUCGCACAAUGAUUCAGAGCAUACUGCAACAGCACCAGGUUCUCGUUGUCAAGGGUAGCACUGGCUCUGGCAAGUCAACGCAGGUGCCGCAGUAUGUGCUGGAGUGGGCGGCAGACACAAUGAACGAGGUGCGGAUUGUGGUGAGCCAGCCGCGACGCAUAGCGGCCAUCAGCGUCUCGGAGCGAAUCUCCAAGGAGCGUGGCGAGCUGCCAGGCGGCACUGUGGGAUAUCAGAUUCGCAUGAACAGCAAUUGCACCAGCCACACUGUGCUCACGCUGACCACCAGCGGCUGCCUGCUGCGGGCUUUGACCAUGGAUACGGAGGCGUUCUUUGAGACCGUCACCCACUUGAUUAUCGAUGAGGUGCACGAGCGUGACUUGGACACGGACUUUCUGCUGCUGGUCAUCAAGCUGGAACUGCAGAAGAAUCCCUAUCUUCGGGUGAUUCUGAUGUCCGCGACGAUGGAUCUGGAUGCGUUGUCCGCAUACUUUGGCAAUGUGCCCGUCCUGGAUGUGGAGGGGCGCAGCUUCGGGGUGCGCAUCUUCCAGAUGGAGCAGAUUCUCAGCGAGACUGGCUACAUGACCGCGGCCAUGAAGCACAUUUUGGGCGAGAAGAUUGACACCGCCACAGCGGAUGAGCUGCUGCAUGCGUACAUCCUCACGCGCUACAUGGAGUCGGACAUUGACAACAAUCUGAUUGUCUCCCUGCUGGAGCUGCUCACGAAGAGUGGCGAGAAGGGUGCGGUAAUUGUGUACCUGCCGGGCUACAAUGACAUGACCUCGCUGAUGGAGUGUCUGUACAACUCCCUGCCGGCGGACAAAAUACAAAUACUUCUGCUGCACAGCCAGGUGGAGAAUCAUGAGCAGAAGAAGAUAUUCCGCAAUUACCCGAAUGUCCAGCUGACGAUCAUUUUGAGCACCAACAUUGGACAGACGUCCAUCACCAUACCGGAGCUGGUCUACGUCAUUGACGUGGGCAAGUCCAAGAUGAAGAUCUAUGACGCCAAGACGAACGCCGCGCAGCUGGCCACAACGCCCAUUUCGCAGGCGGAUGCCCAGCAGAGGGCCGGUCGGGCUGGUCGCAUCCGUGAUGGCAUCUGCUAUCGCCUGUACUCCAGCGAGCAGUUCGCCAAGAUGAACAUCUACACCAUACCGGAGAUCCAGCGACGCACGCUGGACGAGAUCUGUCUGCUGACGAAGGUUGCAGCUCCCGAGCAGUCCAUACCGACGUUUCUGUCGCAGGCACUGGAUGCGCCGCAGCCGGAGGCCGUCAAUCAGGCCUGCUCGCGGCUCAAGCUCUUGGGCGUGCUCCAGGAUACCAAUGAGUCGAUCACCAUGCUGGGCCGUAUCAUUGCGGAGCUGCCGCUGAGCGUGCAGAUGGGUAAGUGCGUGGUGUACUCGAUAUACUAUCGAUGUCUGGGCAGCAUGUCCAUCAUUGCCGCCUUCCAUUCUGUCCGCGAUCCCUUCGUGCUGCCCGUCGAUCGACGCCGGAGCUUCUUUCCGCAAGAGGCGCGCCUCAAACUGACGGAGAACUGCCACAGCGACUUGAUUGGAAUGAUAAGUCUCUACAAACAAUACACGGACAUCUCCCGGCGCGGCCACAAGGAGCUGGCCCAGUUCUGCGAGCUCAACUAUCUGUGCUCCAACUCCAUGGCCAUGUUUGUCUCGGCCGUGUCCACGCUGCGGGAAUCUGUUUGCCGCAUCUUCAAGCUGGAUCAGACAGCCAAGCGCCACGCCAGCGCCAAUGACAGGGACAACAACAUGCUGCGGCUGGCCCUCACCGCUGGCCUCUACCCCAACCUGGCCUACUACGACUACACCAAGCACGAGCUGGUGGCCGAGUGCGAUCCGAACGUACUUGUCUCGCGCAACUCCUGCCUGUUGGGCAAGAAGAAGAUGCGCACCCUGCCCAGCGAGUGGGUGCUGUAUGUGGAGAAGACACGCGUCUCGGAGUACAAGUCGUCGCUGGAGCAAACCAGUCUGGUCAGCACCCUGCACGUGGCCAUUGCCGGUGGAAAGGAGCUCAAGAUAACCAAGCGACCGAGCAGCAGCCCUGGCCUGCUGGACACUGCACCCAAGGGGCAGCUGUGCAUCGAUCACUGGGUACGCAUUGGCCUGCAUCCGAUGUUCGGGGAGCAAUUGAUCACUCUGCGAGCGCUCAUCAAGCGUGAGGUGGACAGAAUGGUGAUGCUGCGUCGCAUGGACUCGUGCAUUGGCCCCGAAAUAGUUCGUUCCAUGUUGAGUGCUGAUGAGGGCACCAUUGCCCUCAACUAAGUCCUGCCCAGGUCAUGUUUAUUGUUUUUCUGUGAUAAUUGUUUCUCGAUUAAGACUGACUCGUUUCAUAAUUUGUUUGCCAAAUUGUAACCCAAACUAUUCAUCGACUUUCGGCCACAAUUUCAUGUCUCGACUGGUUUGAUUGACAACCACAUACCCACCCACGUACUUAUUAAUUUUCAAUUAGCGACUAAAUUUGUUCUCAAAGCCAACAAGAUGACUGACUGCGCCCACACACACUCAAAGAACGUCUGGUUGAAAUGAAUUACCGACAUGAAUCAAAUAUAGAAACGCAAACAAAAUAAUCGUACACUAGUAGAGCUGAAGCCACGCGACAGUAUUUUAAAAUCUAAAUGUAUUUCAAGCAGACAAAAACAUGAGAAAACAUUCCACACAUUUCUUGCAAACUUGCACUUCUGCGAGUAUUUUACUUAUGAAUGAAAACGAAACCAAAGUCAACUGGAUAAACAGGGAUCUAAUCUAUCUUGUGCAUUU